AUGCUAGCACGCAACCUUACUGCCGCUUUUACGGAACAGCUCCGCGCCGUCAUAAAUAAUACUCCCACUCAACAACGAGUAUUAGAAGAUAUGACAGACCAAAUUAAAAACUUGCGGGAACGGAUCGAACCCCACCAGGAGGUACCAAAGUCCCACGAAUCUCAAGAUGGGAAUUCGAGGACUUCCCACUCCAGCAGGCGUAAUAAGAAAAGGCGUGAAAGAUCGGGAACCCACACGGAUGUUAGCAGGAGUGAUCCACAGGACAAAAUGUCCAAAACCACCUCUCGAGAUGCCCGAACCUUCCUGGAGAGCAAAAAGCAUAGGGCAUCCGAAAGCGUCCAGUCGCUGGUGGAUCGACGGAGGCAAGAGAGGAAGAAGGCGCAGCUGAUAGGAUCUAGCCAUCCAGCGAGUCCUGUAACCAUAUCGCGGAACGAAGUCGAGGUCAAUAUCCUCCCUGGAGAUCCUACGCCGAUAAUCUCUCCAAUGGCUCCUGAGAUACUAAACCUUCCCAACCCAGGGAAAAUAAAAAUCCCAAAUAUGGCAGCAUUUGACGGCACGUCGUGCCCCGAGGAACACUUGAUGGCGUACAAGAAUUUGAUGGUGCUGCACACUACCAACCCUUCCUUGUGGUGUAAAUUCUUCCCAACUACUCUUACGGGAGCAGCCUUGACAUGGUACACUUCCCUUCCAGGUGGAAGUAUCCACAAUUUUGCCCAGCUAGAAGGCAAGUUUCUGGGCCACUUUAUAGCCUCAAGAAGGCAGGAGAAAUCAAACUUCCACCUACUUAGUAUCACUCAAUUGGAAGGAGAGUCCAUAUCCUCCUAUCUUAAGAAGUUCCAUGAGGCGGUGCUAGAGGUGACGAAUUUAGAGGAAUCAGUCGCCUUAAACGCCCUAAUCAACGGAAUGAAGGCUCAAAGGCUCAAGUUCCAGUUGGUGGAGAGCCAGGCACAUGACCCCAAGAGGCGGAAGUCUGACAAGAAAGACGUCGCAACUCCCCACCAAUCCUCGAGGAACAGAGAAGAGCACCAGUCGAGGAGGGAAAGAAAUUACACGCCGCGUCGUCCCGCGCCCCCUUCAGACAUGGGACCCCCACGUUCCCAUCACAUUUAUACCACGGAAGAGGAAUCCAGAACGCGCAAUUUGUUAGACGGGGGAAACGACCCGAUGUUUAAUCGAAACAGAAGGGAUAUUUUCUUUGCCGUUCGCGACAAGUUGCCAACUCCACCUCCCACUACCACUCCUUCCGACAGGCGCAAUUACAAUUUGUGGUGUGACUACCACAAAGAGCACGGCCAUACCCUUGCCCAAUGUCGCGAACUCAAGCGUAUCUUGCAUCAGCUGGCCGAUGAAGGAAAGCUUUCCAGGUUCCUCAACAAGAGGGACUAUGACACGGGAGGAGAAGCGAACAGAAGGCCGUGGAAUCAAAGACGCGGAUCCCCCAAGAGGAAAGAGGCAAGGCGCGAAGGUUCCCAUACACAGGGGACCAUCAACAUGAUUUUUGGAGGAUAUACCGAGGAAUAUCCUACCGUCCGCGCCGCGAAAGACAGUGUCCAUACUCUGCUGAAAAGACCGACAACGACCGUAACCAGCGGGCCGGUCAUGAAAUUUGAUGCCACGACCUCUCAAACGCUGCAACAGCCCCAUACUGACCCUCUGUUUGAGGAAAAGCACUUGCAGCCCCUCGAUAAGCCGCUGAUCGGAUUUGGGGGAAGUCAGGUCAUUCCGCUAGGAACGAUCAUUCUCCCCGUGCGCGUAGGAGAAAGAAAUGAAAGCAGGUCCAUGCCCAUACGUUUCACGGUAGUGGAUCUCACUUUCCCUUACAACGCCAUCAUGGGACUUCCCCUCAUUAACAAAAUCAAAGCUGCAAUCUUUCCUCAUCAACUCUUGCUGCAGUUCGAGCGGGACGAUGGGAAAGUUGGCAUCCUCAAGGGAGAUCAGGUAACGGCCCGCCAAUGCCUCAUAAACACUCUGAAGCGCGGACAUUCCGCGACACCCGCCAAGAGGGAAAGGGAAGAUCAAGACGCUCCCGCUGUCAUGAGCGUGUAUAUGGAAAACCCUAGCACACAUGAAAGGCCUCGCCCCAUAGAAAGAUACGAGGAAGUAGACAUGUUCGAGGGAAGGCAAGUCAAGAUAGGGAAAGAUCUUCCUGGUACGAUUAAACAAGAAAUCGUGGCCACCAUUGCUGAGUUCCGCGACGUCUUCGCCUUCAGCACGGAAGAAAUGCCUGGCAUCCCUACUAGCGUCAUGUGUCAUAAACUUGACAUAAGACCAGGCCACAAACCAGUAAAGCAGAAGCUGCGGCAUCAAGGAAAAGAGCGGACGGAGGCCGCCAAAGAAGAAGUUGAAAAAUUGUUGAGAGCCGGAUUUAUUAGAGAGUGCAAAUACUCUGAUUGGCUAUCCAAUGUCGUCCUCGUGAAAAAACCAAAUGGCAAAUAG